CAUCCUAAGCACACCUAGACUUGUCCAAAACAUGUGUUCACUAAAAAAGACAACAAUGUCUAUGAUCUUCUUCUUCUUGUUCAUUUUAAGUAUUCCAAAAGAUGUGAAUUCGGCCGAAGAUCAACAAAAAGUUGUCAAGAAUCUCGACGUCGCAAAAUACAUGGGGCGAUGGUACGAGAUUGCAUCGUUCCCGUCGAUAUUUCAGCCCAAAAGUUACGCGAACACGAGGGCGACGUAUAGCCUUAAUCCUAAUGGCACAAUUACGGUCCUCAACGAGAGUUGGAACAACGGGAAAAGUGUUAGCAUUCAAGGCAUUGCCUUUAAGGCCGACCCUAAGAGCGACGAGGCUAAGCUUAAAGUUAGAUUCUUUGUGCCGCCUUUUCUUCCUAUCAUCCCUGUCACCGGAGAUUAUUGGAUUCUGUUCGUCGAUGUCAAUUAUCAACAUGCUUUGGUCGGGCAUCCCUCGAGGAAUUAUCUUUGGAUUCUGAACAGAGAACCUAAACUGGAUGAAAAAAUCUACAAUGAACUGGUGGAGAUGGCUAAGGAACAGAAAUAUGAUGUUAGCAGACUACACUUGACUCCACAAACUCAGAUGUGAUCACAAAUAAACAGACUUUUUAAUUAAAAAGUUCAUCAAUAAUUUCAUUUCAUGGCCAUGUGGCUAGGCUAAAUCUGUGCUAUGGAUAUUUUGUUGUUUCAUACAAUACAUACAUUUUUAAGGUUUGUUUAAACUACUAUUAUGAUUUUUUGGGUUUCAGCAAUACUAAGGUUAAUAGAAAUGUCAUCCAACUGAAUGGCGAUCGUUACAAAAAUAAAAAAUUUCGCCAACUUUGCGGUCACCGGCAGCCACCGUAUCCUACAAACUCGGCCACAUAGUUUAUCGUCUUGGAAAUUAAUGCACAAAAGUUCAAAG